CAAAAAAGGAAGGAAAAAGAAUUCAUUUAAUUCAUGUUCAUCGCCGCCUCUUGUAGUCUUGGAGUCUUGUUGGCUUCCUUGAGAAAAGAAAAUUAUUUAAUCCACAGAACUUGAAAAGGGUGAGAGAGGUAAGCAAAUGGAAUAGAAAGUGGAGGAGGUGGGAAAACACAGCUCUUUCUAUGAUGUGUACAUCAAAACAAUUAGCGUGAAAAUUCGAAUAGAUUCGAGCCCACAAUUGAGAUAGUCCGAGUACGUAUUCGCCAAUAUGCGUGUUGUGAUUGGUUGAUUGAUCAAUGGUUUUUAAGGCGGUGGAGGACAUAUUUUAUUCGCUAAUUUUUGUGCUUUUGACGGGGAAUCACUGAUGGCUUUUGAGCUUAUGCAACCCGAGUCAGCUUCCGGAGAUUCCGGUUCUGGGUUUUGUUGGGUUUUUUGAGAUAUUCUGUGGGUCGAGAGGGUUUGGCAUUUGGGGGAGUGAUGUUAGACUUUAGGGAAGGUGGCGUGGCGAGGGGAUUAGGUUUAGGGUUAGGUUUUGGGUUUUGGGAUUAGGUUUUGGGGUGAAGAUGGAAGAGAAUGAGCUCGAGGAAGGCGGGGCUUUCUACUACGAGGAGGAAGACAACGCAAGCAUUGACCCUGAAAUCGCUCUCUCUUACAUUGGUGAGAAGCUUCAAGAUGUUUUGGGACAUUUUCAAAAGGAUUUUGAAGGUGGGGUUUCUGCAGAGAAUUUGGGGGCAAAGUUUGGUGGCUAUGGUUCAUUUCUACCAACUUAUCAGCGUUCUUCUUCUAUCUGGUCUCAUCCAAAGACUCCACAGAGAGUCCAGAACUACAAUAAGGCAAUAUCUCCUAACACUUUACUGAUGGAGGGUUGCCCUCAGAUUGCUAAAGCACCCUCAAAUGCUCACCCAUCUGUGAAGCUUGGAACUACUUCCUGCGAUGCCCCUUCAUUGCAUAUGACAAGAGUCUCAUCUGGGAAUAUUUCAGUCAAACAAGAUUCGUUCUUGCCUUCUGCUCCAGUCAUGGAGAUGUCACCCUCAAAACAUGGAACUUCAAAUAAAUUAGUUAAUCCCACUGGCCGGAGAGUGCCAAAGGUUAGAAUCAAAGUGGGUUCCGUUAGUGCUGAGAAAAAAAAUGCUGAAAUCUAUAGUGGACUUGGGCUUGAUAAUUCUCCAUCUUCAUCACUGGGGAAUAGCCCUGAUGAAAGUGGAGGGAUGCCACUUGAAUCUCAAGAACAGGAAUCUCCCACCAGCAUUCUUCAGAUUAUGACUUCGUUCGCUGUUCCUGAGGGUGUACUGUUAUCACCUCUUCAUGACAGCUUCAUUUGCUUGAUAAGAAAGAAAAAAUUUCCAAGAAACAGUAAACCUGUGCCUGCUCUUGAAGGCAGUCAAGAACAACCUGCUUUAUCACCAGAUGAGGCAGCUACAUUGCUGGUUGAUGAGCAGGUUCUAAAAGAGAAGAAAACAAGGCUAGUCAGGAAAAGUGAACGGCGAGCAGAAGUGAAGCAUGGGAGUGGUAUGGAUUUUAAGAAUGACAUGGCAUUUCCUUUGAAGGAAGAAGUAGAAAAUCAGUUCCCAGAAGGCAAGGAGCAUUUCUCCAAUGACUUGAAAUUCACAUCUCUUUCCAACACACUACAUGAUGUUGGGGAUUCUGGCAAAGGUACUGGCAGGGCAACUGAAAUUUUCGGGGAGCCCAAUAAAGAUGGGUUGAAAGAAAGAGUAUUCUUUUCUGACUUGGAUAAGGAAGAGCCUUUGGAGCCAAUAACUGGUCAAGACAGUGGCACAAGCGUGCAACGAAAUGUCAAGAGUGGUUCUCUGGAAAAUACUUGGGAAUGCGGGGUGGCAUGUUCCAAUAAGAAUGUUUCUGCUGAUCCUAGAGAAGAUGUCAGGUACAAAGGUAACAAGCUUCCUGGUCAAUUUAGAGCUGACUCAGAUAUGUUUACGGGUAAGGAAGAUACUGAUGUUGGAGAAAUGGAUCCUUCACAAUGGAAGGUUGGCCAAAAAGCUGUAUCACAUGAUCACGGUAGAAUUACAAUGUCCUGCAAGAAGGAAAAACAGUUGUGGGAGGGCAAAAAGAAGUUAAAGGGAGCCCAAAUUAAUGGUGAGCCUGCUCCCCAUUUAGCAGAGGAAGGCUUGAGGAUUGGAUUUUGUUCAGCACCAAAAGAUAAGCAUAAUUUGAAGUCCCAAAAAGAUACUGGAGAGGUCGAGGAUAAUCCUAGAGAAUUAUUGACAGACAGAAAAUCAGAACAGAUGGCUGACCGAAUAGAUCCACUAAAGAGACCUGGUGAGAGGGCAAAGGUUUCUGAUUUUAAGGAUGUUGAGAAAGGAGGGAGUGCAUUCUUUAAGUCAAAGGGAAGAUCAAGCGGAAAAAGAGUUGAAAACCAGUAUGCAUCUGAGGCAUCUUUACAAGUGGCCCUGAAUCCACCUUUUACAGAAAACAGAUCCACCACAAAGAUGGUGCCAGCAGCAGUGGCUCCUGUAGUCAUAGAAGAAAAUUGGGUGUGCUGCGACAGUUGCCAGAAGUGGCGGCUUCUACCAUUUGGUAAAAAGCCUGAACACCUCCCUGAGAAGUGGCUGUGUAGCAUGCUAAGCUGGCUGCCUGGGUUGAACCACUGUGAUAUCAGUGAGGAGGAAACAACAAAGGCUCUUAAUGCAUUGUACCAACUUUCUAUUCCUGAGAGCCAAACUAGCAUGCACAAUCAUGUCAAUGGAAUUGCAUCUGGAGUAACUUUGGAUGAUGUACGACAUCCUGGCCAGAACCAUCAAAAUCCCAGUUCUCAUGACAUGCCUAAUGAAGGAAAGAAGAAAUAUGGAUGCAAAAAAAUGUCGAAUGCAGGUAACAAUAGUGGUCAGAUUCCAAAUUCUGCAAAGAACCAUAGGCAGGAACCUUUGAAAAGCAGAAGCUUAAUUGACAGGCACAAAUUAGAUGUUGAAAAACACAUACAUAAGCAAAAGGAGAAGAAUAUGAAAAAGGGUGAUCUGGAGCAAACGAAGACAAAAAGUAAAAGGGAAGCUGAUAAUUAUGGGGGUGAAGCUUCUAAGAAAGCUAAAACAGAAGAUGCUUGUUAUAGCGGUAAAAAUUGCAAUUUCAAACAUGGCAGGGACCUUGGAAAGGUUUGCCUCAUUUCUGACACCACUUUGCCAGCUAAGGCAACUGGGAAGGAAGUGAUCAAAUCCAAUGAAAUCUGUUAUUCAGUGGAUUCAAAUUGUGAUAAAAAGGACAAGAUGCUACUUUCUGUAAAGAAACUGGAAGGCCAAGCUCAGGUCUCUCUGCAUGGUGGGUCAUUGGCUAUGAAAACAAGUGAUAAAAGGGAUAUUGCUCUGGAGGAGAGGAAAUUGAACGAGUGGGAGGACAUUGAGAACCAGACAGAUGUAUGUCAAAUUACCAAGGAUCAUAUCCAGGAAAACAAGGUUUUUGUGAAGGAGAAUAGUGAGAUGGAAUUCAGAAAGGAAAAGAAAACCAAGCUGUCUAUUGAGGGGGUGGAGUCCAAUACAAGUAAGGGUGAUGAUAGAUCAAGAAAAGGUGUGAUGACCAGAAUCCUCUUGUCAGGUACUAAAGAUGAUGAAGUUGACAAUAUAGAAGAGGUGAGAAUUAUUGAGAAAAACCAGCAACACAAAAUGUGUGAAGAAAAGAUCGCAUCUCAACAAACGUUGGACAGUAUUGACUCAAUGAAAAAGGAUUUGGGAACUGGGAAAGUUUCAAUGGAAGCCACUUCAAGCUCUUCAAAGGUUUCAGGUUCUCGUAAAACUAGAGCCAACUUCCAAGAAGUGAAAGGCUCACCAGCAGAAUCAGUCUCUUCAUCUCCUCUGAGGGCCUCUAAAUUAGACAACCUUACAUCAGAUAAAGGAGGCAUUUUAAGAAAAGAUGAUGCCACAGAUGGUGGUCUUUCCAUGGUGGGUAACCUGGGAAGAUGUUUGAAUGGGGUAGGCAACAGAAGUUGCAAUCAGUCUGGAGCACCAAUAAAGGAGAAAGUAUCCUCUGUCUUCCCUCCUAAAUCCCUUGAACUUCAUGCUCUUGAUAACCGGGAUGGAGAUGCUAAACCCAAGUUCAGUGCCAAGGCUAAACCUUCUGAACUUGGGAACAGCCAUUUGGUGAAGGGUGAUGCUAUUACCUCAGAACAACACCAUGAGUAUGGCAAUGAUCUGCAUGCUGUGGAACAUUGUGACAAUGAAAAUCAUUUCUGUGAUAGUGCAUUAUUUCCACAGAAAUCUAGUAGAGGUUCCUCUAUGCGGUCGAAGGAGAAUAACAGAAGGUCCAGAUCUGAUUUUGAUAGUGAUAAGAUGAAGGUCUGUGAUCCGCUGAAUGAGCAGGAAGAUUUGCAUGCAAGCAAGAGCCUGAGGUGUAAGUUAGAAAAUGAUACCCAACAUCUUGCACCCCGCCCUGAAACAGUUAGUGAUGUAAAGCACAGUUUUCCUGGUCGAGGUUGUAUUAAGUAUAAUGAUGAUGAGAAGAAUCAUGUUAACAAGGGGAAUUCUUUAGGGAAAUGGUCAGGUGACAUCAAAAAAGAAAAUCAGUUAAAAUUUAGAGAAUAUGAGGGUUCAAAUCUGAAAUUGGGUGAUUCAUGUAGCCUUUAUAAGAGUGGUACUCCUCAAAAAUUUUUGAAUAAGAGUUUUGCAAAGAAAACUGAUCUGAAAGAAUUAGAGUCAAGAGGUGAGACACUACAAUUGUUCCCUUAUCGUGAAGGUGAACGUGAAACUCUGGCUCGGGAUUUCCAAUCAGUACCAGGAUCCCAGAAAGAAAGGGUCUUUGAUUUAUGUUCAGUUGGUGCCUCUGCCUCUGCUGAUGUGUCAAAAGUAUUAAAGGAGCCUGGAAAUGCUGGUAUCAAGAAUGGAACUCGACAGAGCUUGGGUCAUCUCCUGCCUAAUGAACACAGGGUUAGGGAUCUAAGCAUCUCUAGUCCCAUGAGAAAGGAUUCUUUUGGUCCUAGUGCCACUAAUGCCCUGAAAGAAGCCAAAGAUCUCAGAGACUAUGCUGAUCGUCUUAAGGGCUCUGGUUUUGGUUUUGAAAGUUAUGAGACAUACUUCCAAGCUGCUGUAAAGUUUCUUCAUGGUGCUUCACUUCUAGAAACUUGCAAUAGUGAUGGUGGGAAAAAUGGGGUGAUGACUCAAAUUCAGGCAUAUAGUACUGCAGCUAAACUUUGUGAACGCUGUGCCCAUGAAUAUGAGAGACGGCAAGAAAUGGCAGCUGCUGCUUUAGCAUACAAAUGCAUGGAGGUGGCGUGCAUGAGGGUAGUUUACUGCAAACAUUCCAGUAUAAAUAGAGAUCGGCAUGAGUUGCAAGCAACUUUACAAAUUGCUCCUAAAGGUGCAUCUCCGUCAUCUUCAGCAUCAGAUAUCGAUAAUUUAAACAAUCAAACAAUGACUGAUAAGGCUGCUCUGUCCAAGGUUUCUCAUGUUGGUGGAAAGCAUGUCAUUGUUGCUCGUAACCAUCCUAACUUUGUUCGGCUUCUUGAUUUUGCACAGGAUGUAAAUUUUGCUAUUGAGGCCUCAAGAAAAUCACAGAAGGCUUUUGUGGCUGCUAAUUUACUCCUGGAAGAGGCACAGAAUAGGGAGGGUAUCACUUCUGUUAGAAGGGUUAUUGACUUCAGCUUCCAAGAUGUAGAGGGACUCAUUCAUUUGGUUCGGCUUGCACAGGAGGCCAUUAGUUAGUCAGGUCUCAGUGGCAGUAGAGAUUAAGUCUGCCCUGUAUGUAUAAUGUGCACUUUUUGGUUUAAUUCUACUGUAAGUAGGCAUCAGGAAGAAAAAAAGGGGGGAAAAGAAGCCAACUGGACCUGCACUUGGAAUCCCUCAAAGGGACAGUCAUCCCUCUCUGUACAUGUGUACAAAAAGUGAGAUUGAUUUGCACAUUUUGUAAUGUAUUCUUUGAAUGUCCAGCUUGUUAUAGUCAUGGAUAAGGGCAUGACAUGUUCCUCAGUUUCAUGAAGGGUGAUAAACUUCUUGCUUAUUCAGUGACAAAGCCUGGAGAUUAUGUAAUAGUCCAGUUUUUUUUUUUGGCUCUCUUGUUCUGGAACUAGAGGGUAUGUAUAUAUAUGUAUUUAUGUAUGUAUAGAGAUUGAAAGCCCCUUAGGCAACUUGUUUGAGGAAGGUUGAAUACUGAAAUAGUUAGGAGCAGUCAAUUUUCUGUCAAGGACUUCCUGUUUUGCUACUAUUUAUUUGAAUUCUCAGUGGAAUAGAAAUCAAGUUCUUGGGGAGUUAUUCUUUUA